AUGAAGCUGACCUUAUUCUUACUUCUUAGAGAGAGGGUGUUGUUGCGUUCGGAAGAACGUCCCAGAAUCUCAGCGGCGCAGAACUAACGUUAUCUUCUAACGCCGUGUCAUGUGGCUAAUGUUAACCUCUGUGUUUUAUUGCGUAACGUCAAUAAAACCCACUUCACAUUUAGAACAGUCACGUUUGAGGUUCACAGCAAAGGUAGAAACACCGCUCAAGUUCGAGGUGAAUGUGUAUUAUCUCUUUAUUGGCUGUUAUUGUAACGUAACGAUACGUGCGUAAGCAUUAGCUGAUAAAAGCAGGAUAAUGGCUGGUAAAUGAGACGUGUCGGAUCGUAUUCUCGUGCACGUAACGUUCUCUUUGGGCCCUUUGGAGUCUAGGAGUUUACGGAUUGCGACACUGUUAUAUACCCAGAAUGUCUAGGUGGCUGGCGGUAUCGUAACGUUAUCAGAGCCGUGUGGCUGCUGCCGCUGUGAUUUUCUCAACUCAAGUGGAUUAAUACGAUGUGGCAGUUACUAUUGCUGCAUUCCAGCAUGAUGGUGUACAGUUAAAGACCUAUGAACAUAUUGACAGAAGCCAACAGUGAUAAUGCAAUCAAUCAAGCAAGAAGUGGACUCCGCUGAGCCCUACAGUGGAGAGGAUGCCCUGGUCCUGGCUUUACAAGGGGCUAGCAGAGACAUGAUGGGCCACCAAAUCUCUGAAAUUCCAUUCAAGGCUAAAACUUCCUGUCGCAGGAAAAGAGAGUUUAUCCCGGAGGAGAGGAAAGACAACCUUUACUGGGAGAGGCGUCGCAAAAACAACGAGGCAGCCAAGCGCUCCAGGGAGAAGCGCCGCAUAAAUGACAUGGUUCUUGAGAACAAGCUGAUGGACCUCGGAGAGGAAAAUGCCUCCCUCAAGGCUGAGCUGCUGUCACUGAAGCUGAAGUUUGGCCUCGUGAGCUUGGCAGCGUACGCCCAAGAAGUCCAGAAUUUAUCCAGCUCCGCCAAUCUCAACCUCUACCAGGAGUUUGCUCCAUCCAAUGCUGGCCAAAGUUCUUCCAGCAGGGUUUUGGAGCCUCAUCACUUGCGCAGCAGCUGCAUAUCAGUCAUCAAGCAUUCGCCUCACAUGCCCGAGACUUGUACUGCAGCUCAGGGCGACUUUGGUAUCUGUAGGACUGCAGAUGUCAAGCAGGAAGCAGCGGAGAGCGGCAACUAUGCACAAGAGACUAGCAGUCCCUACGAACUCUAUAGAAACUACAUGGCCAGCCCUUUGUCUGGGGUCUACUCCCAGCCUGCUUCAUUCCUGCAGCUCACCAGGUCAUCCAGUAACUCGCCCAGGAGCUCGGACGACGGUGCCGUAAGUAAGUCAUCAGAUGGCGAGGACGAGCAGCAGGUCCCCAAAGGGUUGACGCCGGCUGUAGCCGAUCCAAGCAGCGUCAUCAUCUGCACACACAAAGUGCCAGAGGCCAGCUCUUCAGCUUUGCCCCAUAAACUGCGGAUCAAAGCCAGAACCGUCCAAAUCAAAGUGGAGCCCAUCGACCCUGAAUACGAGACCUCUGGGAAGUCCUCCUCACCCGUCAGAGGUUCAGAGGGAGGAUGCUGCCAGACCGCUCAGGACUCCUCCCCGUGCCCUUUGUCAUUACAGGUCACCAACAUGCAAGACUGGACCCAUCAGUCUGAGCAGUGGCACAAGAACAGCACAGAGACACAUCAGAAUGGCUGCCAGAGUAGUAGGCUGAUCAUGAGCCCCGUCUCAGAUACAACCACUGCGGAGGUAAAAGAACACUCGGACGCCGCCGGCUGGUUUCUAAUACAGGGCCCUGCUGAAAUGUUUGUGAAGAUGGCCUCCCUCAAAAGACCGAUCACAGCACAGCAAGGGUCUGUGAUCGGGUCAACCAAAAAUCCCGCUGACCAUCAUGAGUCAUCAUCAAAACGAUGGUCCUCUGCAUGACCUUUUUGUAUUUUUUGCAUUUCACUGUAUUUGUUGUUGCACUGUGUGGUUGAUAUUGGGGUUAAACAAUGUUUCGAUUACUGCAAAUAAAACGUUUUCAAAUACUAGCUGUUGGAGCAUGAACAAAGGCUGUUCACUAAUAUAGGCUGGUUAAUAAUAAAAUGACCUGUCCUGUAAUAGUUGACAUGGUGAAUUCAGUACAACAGUCAUGUCAUCCUCACCACUCUGCUCCUCAGUUUCUCCUGUAACACAGAUUUUCACUCACAUUCUUUUGACCUCUUUCAUUUUUUAGAUUGAAAGCCUACCAGGAUUAUGUCCUUUUAAGUAGAAACACAACUUCUUUUUUACAAUUUAUUACCUUAAGGAAGCGUAAAGGUUUUUAAUGUGCAGGAAAAGUUGCAUUUCAUUACUGUAACAAACUUCAAGCUGAAAGUGACUGGAAUUCAUUUGUGAUUGAAAACUUGAUUUCUUUGAGUGACAGCAGCAGAGUGGUGAGCAUGACACGACUCUCUUCUACUGAUCAUGUUAGUGCUGAAAUAUAGAUUAUACUGAAUUCAUUCAGUGUUAUGUGCUUCCAUGUCUAACAGGUUCCAAUGCAUUAUCAGCAAAUGAAAACAGCGGAUAAGAGCAGGGAGGCUUUUUAGUUAUGAUCAAAUAUAGUUCUAAUCUUGUGUGUUUGUGUGUGUAUAUUAUGUAUAUAUAUACAUAUAUAUAUAUAUAAAUACUACUGUUCAAAAGUUUGGAAUCACCUGUUAUAUUAGUGUUUUUUCUUUCCUUCAAUAAUGGCUAUUUUAACAGAUAUAAAAAGACACAUUUGAAAUACUUUUAGUCCAAAAAGAAGAAUGAAAUGAUUCAAACUUCCAAGUAGUAGACUUCCACACAGUGGGGACCAUAUUGUUGUAACCAUUUGAACCAUGUUCUCAAACUUCAAAAUGAAGCAUUUUUUUAGCAACUCUCCUGUUAAUUCCAGCUCUUUGUAGGCAUUGUUGUGCACUUGACACUGAAACAGGAACCUGUUCCCAUUCCAAUGUGCAGCUUCUUCUACUAAUGACUGAAGAUUUCUUCUGUAACUGUUGCUCAGAGGGAUCCUUCAUCAGGAUAGUCGGCCCUUUGUACAGCGCUUUGUCUCCGUGUCCAAAACAUGGCUUUUUUGGAAACCCUUCUUACAAAAUCAGAUCUAUUUGUAAAGACAACUUACUUCAACUAAAGGCAUGAAAGAACAUUGACAAAUAUAGAAUAGUGCUCUCAGCCGUCUGACUACCCAAUCAAGUAUGUGUGGCAAGCAUUUCCAAACUUUUGAACAGUGUGUGAAUGUGUGAAGUUCUUAGUUUUACCUAAUUAUUCAUGCUGUCACAGGCUCUGUCCAUCCGUGUCCUGAACGCCGCUCUGCAACUAAAGGCUCCAGUUAACAGCUGUUCAUCUUCACACAUGUACCUAAUGUAGUUUGGUUAAUUUAUCCGUUUGUAUGUUGGUGUGGUGACACUCUGCUUUAAAAGGAUCUUUAUUUCAUGGGUUUAUAAUUUCUGAAUUAUUUGUAAAACAUUUCCUGGAAAGAACAGUGUACAUUGAUACUAAGUACCGGGAAAUAGGUCUUUACACUAACUGCUAAUGUAAUCUAGAGGUUAAAUAGUCCGUGUACAGCAGGUCAGCUACAUGUUUAGCAUGUUAAACUAUGGAAUUUCACACAUAGGUUUGCAAUAUGAAAUGAAUAAAUUGUUUCCCUGAGCUUUUCUUUAAGGACAGCUUAGCUGCCCCAUAUUUAAUACCAAAUUAGUUAUUUUUAUGAAAAUGUCUACGAAUCAGGACCUAAAUACAGCAUUUGUGUUCUCUCUUGUACUAGUUGAUUGUUUUAAUGCUGAAUACUUUCAUCAGCACAGUAAUACUGUAUUCUUGUCUCUGCUGUAGUUUUAAAACACAGAGAGCUACACAUGUUGACUUAACCUGAGCUUAGUGUCACAUUUAUAUACACUCUGCUGCACUGGUUCACUAUUUGCCAAAUAGCCAUUGCUUCUCUUUGGUUCUUUAUUUGCUUUUUGUUGAUUAUUUCAACCUUCCCGGCCACUGGUUAACUAAGAAUCACAGUGGCUGGACAGUUGUGAUUACCAUCUGAUGGAGCUGACAACAGAGUAACUGGACUUUAUAAAGCUCUGACGGAUAUUCUAACACAUUAAAUCCUCAAAUGUUAGAAAAUGUACAUUUGUAUCAACAAAACAUCUCCAGAGAUUCAGAAUUAUACACAAACAGUUGUUUUUUCUUGUGUUAUUAACUGAUAUGGAAUCCAGAAGUGUCUGAGGUUAAUCAAAUGGCAUACUUAUUAAUUUCUUACAGCGAUUUGGGAGGAUUACAUCAUACCUCCACCGUCUGUAGUCAAUUUUAAAUGGCUGACUUCAGACCACCCUAGUUGAUAUUCAAGUGCAUUCCCUUGUUCCUGUCAGAAGAAUGGUGCGUGCAUUAGUUGUCAUAGUUUGGAAUAUCUCAGUGAGGAUGGUGAUAACUCCAGCUAUCUGUUUCUGAACACUUGUAUUAUUUCUUGUAAUGGUGAGUUUUUGUUUACAAUAAAUGUCUUGUCACUGAAUCAA